UUUUUUCACGUAGUUCAUUUGGCAAAAUGAUUUUAAGAGGACACUUAAAUAUUCCGCCAGAUAAUGCAAUUCCUGGAACAGAGACAACAUUCCAAUAUUAUUUUGUGGGAGAUAAUGCAUUCCCACUGAAACACAACUUGAUGCGUCCAUAUCCUGGCCGGAACUUAUCAGCUAUAAAGGACAACUUCAACAAAAAAUUAUCUCGUGCUCGUGUGCAUAUUGAAAAUUCAUUUGGAAUUUUGGCUAGCAGGUGGAGAAUUCUACACACGAAUAUUUACGCAGCACCAAACAAUGUGGAUAAAAUUGUGUUAGCGACAAUUGUGCUGCAUAACUAUCUAAUGCUCGAUAAGAAGAGUGGAUAUUUCAAUGAAGAACUCGUGGACCACCUCGAAAAUGGUGUUGAGGUGCCAGGAACUUGGAGGGAAUCCCAUGCUGGGCUGCCUUCUUGCAGAAUCGCCCAAGCGAAUCGGUCGUGUGCAGAUGCAUUUAGGAGUAAAGACACACUGGCCCCCUUGAUUCCCCUUGAUUAA